AAGAGGACGUGGAGUGGUAGCAAUGCAGGCUGCCAGGCUCCCUCCAACGUGGAAGUGAAGUGGCGCUUAAAACGUCCGCGAGAAAUCCACUGGCGCUACUGAGCGCGCGGGGAGUCAAGGCACGCGACGCCAAACUUCAUACCUGACAACAACUGCCAAGUCGUAACCUGGUCGUAACCCUAUGGUCAUAACCCCGCGUAGCUUACUCAUUCACGCCCUCCAGCUCCAGUACAUCUCGCUGCAGCCUGCGGGAAGGCAGCAUCAUUCCACUGCACAGAUUUCACCACACAGACCGCAAUGCAUACUUGCCUCUAUACACACGUGCCUUCUUAUGAUACCAACCCUCAGCGAGACAAUGAAACAAUCGUCGAUUCCUUUGAAAACGAUGCCAUUCUUGAAUUCAUCACAGAACAUACCAAGUGGAUACCUAGGAUCUCGAUGGAUGCAUCAGAUGUUAUCAGUCUGGAUGUUGCUGUGCAGCCAACAGACCUUGUUGAUAGCCUGGAACUGAACAGACAGUUACACACUACUUUGCAAAGGAAACAGGAUGAGAUAUCUGCACUGAGGGAGAAGAAUUCACAAUUAAAAGAGCUGGCCAGGCAGGCAGAGCAUCUGGCUCAUCUACUACAUACCAUGACACCAUCAACAGGAGCAACCAAACAAGCCGCUGCAUGCUCACUGUCAUCAUAUGGGUUGGGUUACUCAUCAACUGAGCAGCAUUUACGCAGCUUGGAUAAGUGGGUGUGCACCGCAGCAUAUGACUCACAGGACACAGAGGUCUCAUCAGCGCCGACACAGACAGACCAGACACCUGAAUGCCUAAAACCUGGACCUGCAAGCCCACGCACUGGAGUGAAAAGAUGUCUGUGGCCCAGUCAGGAUGAUUCUGGAUCAGCCGGCGAACAUUCCAGCUCCGCAGAAGAUGCAGUAGUGUUUCAGAGGGAUGCCAAGCGGAGGAAAGAUGACCAAGAGCUACUCCAAGCUCAGCUGCAGCAGUAUCUUGAGGAUAUUGAAUGGGACCUCCAGCAGGAAGAUUCAGUAGUGAGCCAAGAAGACCAGACAGAGGGACAAAAAUCCGACCCGAUCAAUAUUUGCGGAAGUUUCCAAGGGCUCCAAAUAGUGAGAACCACUCUGUCAACUGACACGGACUCAUCAGAACGGGGAGAGCCUGUGUGCUUUAAGACCUCAAUCAGAGAACACAGCACCAUCAGGACCCGUGUGUUCCCUUACGGAACGAGCUUCACGUCUCCCACACCAACAGGUGGCUACAGGUUCCUCUGGAUACCCACAGAAAAAUCAUGAAAGGAUAAAUAAAAAUCA